CUCGAGAAAGAUGAUAUCCAAGAAACCAUACCCACUUUUCGCUGAAACCGUUUCAUCGAGCACAUACUUGAGGACCAAGACCUGGUUAUUGCAACUGAAGUGAAUUUUGAAUCGACAUGAAACUGCUGACCACAAGUAUUUUAUUAUCGCUGGCUCUUCUCAUUAUCUUCGAGUAUACUUCACUGGUUAAUGCAGAUGMAAAAGACGACGCUUUACUUCAAAUAGAAGAAGACAUAUAUAAUCUUGUUAGAGAGGACACUAAGAAGGACAAUGAMAAGCAAGCAAAAAAAGAAGUGAUCAAGAAGGAAGUGCGACGUCCCUGUGGUUUUGCUGCCUGCGUACGAAGCAGUAGCCGCAGAAGAAGACGAAGUAGUUUCUGGGGGAAAAAGAGUGUAAUCUCUACGAGAAGCGAAAGCCAAAAGACAAGAUCCUCCCAUGUUGACGAUAAGGAGUAUGAUGCUCUUCUUCAAGGGAUUGGAAAGCUUGUCGAAAAGCUAGAAGACAAUAGAAAGCGUCCUUGAUCGGAAAAGUUGCUCCUUGCUCAUUAAACAGAAGGAAUAUUCUAAAUAGCAAUCUUUUUAUUUGCAAUAAAGAGAAAYACAGGUUUUGACGUU